UUAAAUGUUUUGCAGCAUAAUUAGUGUGUGACUUUCAUUCUUAAUUUUUACCUUUUUUACCACUGACUCAGCAAUCCAUGUACUUAAACGAGCACAUAGAUGCCUGAUGUCCUGCUUUACUACAGUGGAAGCAUGUGCCUUGAUUUCCCUGUCUCUGCUUUUCAGUUGCAACUGUGCACUUAUCCUGAUGAUCUCUAAUGCUGAGCCUCUUCCAUGGCCACACUGACUUCAAUUGCUUUUGCCAAAAUCAGAUUACUUUCAGUCAAUAGUCUCUUUUGUGUAGUUUCGCUCCGUAGCCCACAUACUAGUCGAUCUCUGAUGGUGUCAUUUAGAACAUCAUUAAACUCACAGUACUCUGAUAAACAUUUUUUUAUUUUAUGCCACAGCAAACAUUGUCACUGAUUCUCCAACUUUCUGAUUUCUCCUGUGGCACCUAAACCUUUGAGCAAUAAUUAGUGGUUUUGGUGAAAAGUGCCUGGCUGUAGCAGGCUGCGAAGUAAAUUGAAUGUAGGCCCAAUUUUUGUCCUCAUCAAUGUUAUUUGCAAGACCAAAAUAUUCAAACCGUUCUGUAUAUGAGCUCCACUGCUCAAUACUUUCAGCAAACUGUCCAAUAUUUCCAACCAUUCCAGACAUUUUUCAUUUCUCAAUAGGCUCCUGAUUGUCACUCACUUAAAUAUUGUUUUCUUCUGCCAUGGCAAUAUUUAGUGUUCUUCACUUCACGCACUGAUGUUUACUCCAAAUUCGCUCAUUUUUAAAGUUAGUCUUCACAGUUGAACUAAAUAUCCUCCCUUUUUUUUAAUCACGUUGUUUUCCCGCUCCAACGUCCUUCUCAAAUCUGUUUCUGCCAUCCAUGGCGACACUAACUCCCUCUUAGCUAGCUCGACUAUGCACUUGCCUCUGCUAGCAAUACAAUGAGCUAUCAUUAGCCUAGACUGUACCAAGGAAAAUAUGUUUAAACUUCUAAAAACGGUCCUCUUCUGGACAGAAUAUUUUCUGUAGGUUCAGACUUACUCAUCGUCAAUAUUUUAUGUCUUGUGGGUUUCAUAGCCAAAUUUCAAGUCAGAUGUAUUUCUAUAGCCCUUCUUACAUCAGCUGAUAUAUCAAAGUGCUGUACAGAAACCCAGCCUAAAACCCCAAACAUCAAGCAAUGCAGGUGUAGAAGCACGGUGGCUAGGAAAAACUCCCUAGAAAGCUGAAACCUAGAGAGGAACCAGGCUAUGAGGGGUGGCCAGUCCUCUUCUGGCUGUGCGGGCUGGAGAUUAUAACAGAACAUCGCCAAGAUGUUCAUAAAUGACCAGCAUGGUCAAAUAAUUGUAAUCACAGUGAACAGGUCAGGGUUCCAUAGCCGCAUGCAGAACAGUUGAAACUGGAGCAGUAGCACGGCCAGGUGGACUGGGGACAACAAGGAGUCAUCAUGCCAGGUAGUCCUGAGGCAUGGUCCUAGGGCUCAGGUCCUCUGAGAGAGAGAGAAUUAGAGAGAGCAUACUUAAAUUCACACAGGCACCGACGAUACCCCCGGACAGGGCCAAACAGGCAGGAUAUAACCCCACCCACUUUGCCAAAGCACAGCCCCCACACCACGAGGGAUAUCUUCAACCACAUCUUUAUAACAAGUCAAUAAUGACGAGACCGGAAUCAGUUCAAACAUUAAUCUUGAACGUGCUCAUCUCAACACAUAUUACCCAUGAUGCUCUGCCUAUACAACUACCUUAAGUACGGAGGUGCAAAUGAUACAACCCUAAUACACAACAAGUAACACAUUGGGAUAUGUCUGUUUCCAUGGCUUAAAAUAAAAUAAAAUAGAAUGCAACGUAUUGUUUUGCUAGCGGUAGUGUAUAUUAUUUGCCGGUGCCUUGUUGCUGAGCUGCUGGUCAGAGCCCAGGCAAGCCUAUGCUGAGAGGAUACUACAGCCCUGAGGAGGCUGGCCAGCCAGGUGGGUGGGCAGAGGCAGGCUGAGCAUGCAGCAAGGAAGCUGAGGUGGAGCUGAGAAGGGAGAGACCCACAGCCAGAGCUGCUGCACACAGCCCUCCAUCAGGGGGGACGCUCACGCUUGCCUGGACCAUGAGCAAUGAGUCUACCGUCUGGAACAACGUCAUCGAGAACUCCACCGGGGUCCCAUUUGAGCCUGGUAAACAACAGAAUGGUUACGUCCUACUGCUGGUGCUCCUGUCCAUCUUCCUAGGGGGGACACUGGUCCUGCUGUCUGUCAUCCUGAUUGUCUCCAGACGCUGCUGUGAUGGAGACUGCCACUAUAACAGUGCCAGCGACGACCCUGAGAAAACCAACACGACCUACACUGAGGUGUCUCAACCAGUCCAUGCAGAGAUCACCAUCCGGGUCGACGAGUCAGACUGCCUGUCGGCCGCCAGCUCCCACAUGGACAUGGAGACGGAGCGCUUCCUGUCCACGGGCACCCAGGGCGGCCGCCGGGUCUCCUUCAACGAGGCGGCGCUCUUCAACCACGGCAGGAAGGCCCUGGAUAAAGGACGCAGGUACACGUUGACUGAGGGUGACUUCCACCACCUGAAGAAUGCGCGACUCACACACCUCCACAUCCCGCCCUUGGCCCUCAAGAUCGUCACCAUCCACGAGUGUGAGACAUCAGAGAACAGCAUGGCCAUGACGACUCGCCCCGCCGCCAAGUCCAGCCUUUCCAUCUUCCAGCCGGCACUGUGUGCCCUGCGGCCCCUAUGUCCCCUACCCCAGACAGUGUUGACCAGUCUGAGUGUCAGCCCCAGCUCAGCCCUCCCUGGGGACACCCUCAACUCGAUGGUGGACUCCAGCUUCAGUGAGAGUUCCCUGGUCCCGGGACUCAAGAAGCCCAGCAGCAGCAUUGAGGUGAUGGUUUCUUGCUCCAGGAAUGGGGGCAGUCCGUCUUUGAGUGAGGGGGCGUCGGUGACGUCUGUGGCGGGUGCGUCCCCUAGCGCGGGAGUGGGGCAGGGCCCGGUCCUGCAGUUCUUCACCAAGCUGAGGCGCCAUGCCAGCCUAGAGGGGGCCAGCCCAUACUUCAAGAUCAAGAAGUGGAAGCUGGACAGCAGCCAGCGGGCUUCUAGUCUGGACACCAGAGGGUCCCCUAAGAGGAGGCAGUUCCAGCGGCAGCGCGCCGCCAGCGAGAGCAUGGACCAGGAGGAUAACGACGCCCACCACAUGGACCUCAUCCAGUACAUCGCCCGCACCCAGGACGUCACCUACCACCCCAGCCCCUCCGCCCGCUUCCUCUCCCCCUCCUCUUCCUCCAAGCCACCACCCUCCCUCGGCAGGUUAGAGGUGGAGGUGGUGGUGGAGCCCAGCUGCAGCAGGGGCCAGGUACCGGGGUUGAUCGGCCUGUCCCCGGAGCCCCAGGACGAGGCAGCGAGCCUGGGGGACUGUAGACAGGAGAGCUUGGCCUCAGACCACCAGGCCUUGUACAGAGACAUCUGGACGCUCCGGGCCUCUCUAGAGCAGUACGGCUCCUCAGACCAGAUCAACAACGACAGGGACUCCUUUCGCAGCGACGCCGACAGUGUCAUCUCCCUGGGGGGCCGGACCGAGAGGGGGGAGCUGCCCAGUAACCCCUCCCAGGACAUCGGGGAUGAACCCGAAGGGGAUGUAGAGCUGCCCGUGGAUGAUGGGAUGGGAGAGGAGAAGGAAGAGAAGAAGAAAGGGGGGAAGCAGGACAGUGUGGAGUCAGAGAGGGUCAGUGACGGGGAGUCAGGGAACCGUAAGCUCAUGCAGAUGGACAGUGGCUAUACGUCUAUAGAGGCUCCAUCACGGGCGCCAGAGGAGCUGAGACUGUUUGGCAGUAGUGGCAGUAUAGACAGGACGGCCCUGGAGAAGAGACACUACUUCACCAGUGCAGGGCACACUGGCACAGUGGGCGAGAGCUUCGAGGCCCGCAUCUUCGAGGAAGAGCCAGGCGAGGAGAUGCUGGUGGGGGCGACGGGCGGCAUUGCAAUAGAAACGUCCAGGUCUCCCCUGGGCUGGUCUCCGUAUGGGCAGAUGUUCACUCCACGAGAGGCGCAGCCGCACUCCCACCCACCCUUAUCAUUACACCGCCGCGACUACAGCAUCGACAAGAAAACUGACGCGCUCUUCCAUGAGUUCCUCCGCCACGACCCCCAGUUCGACCAGCAGGAGUCACCGAGGAAACAUCGCUCGCGCAUCCACCUCCGCAAACAGUGGCAGCGCAACAAGCAGUACAGUGACCCGGGCGUUCGCUACCAGUACCACUCCUUUGAGAGGCAGCGGACCCCCUUGCGACGAGGCGAUAGCGUCAACUACCCUCUGGACACGGGCUUCCACAGCACACUGCCACGCAUCGUCAGUGCGCCUGAUGAAGAGGCCAGCGAGGGGGCCCCCAGUACCCCCCAGAAGCCAAAGGCCGAGGCGGUGGUGGCGGGAGGAGCAGGAGAGGUGGAGGAAGGAGACAGGAGGAGGGCGAGUCCCAGCAGUAGCUGUGGCAGCAGCACCGUGACCAUUAGAGACCUGGAAGGGAGGGCAUCCUGUUCCCCUCCCACUGUUCCGGAAAGAGAGGGCCUGCUAGGGGAGCAGCCCGACCCCCAGGAAGACACUAGGCAGGCGGUACACCCCCCUGAGGCCCCUUACGAGCCCUACAAGGCUCAUGACACGGGCAACGGCCGACAGACCAUCACAGCCGAGCUGACGGACAAGCUGAGCGCCACUCUGGAUGAGCGGCUGUACACAGGCCUGCGACGGACCAAGGACACAGCGGCGGUGACAGAGUGUGUGGUGAAGGUCGUUCACGCCUCCCCCGACCACAGCCCAGUGUAGCAUGUCUCCAGUCCUCCUCCACUCCUCCCUGAUCUUUUGUGUUUCAUUUGAUUUCAUUCUAUGCCGGGUAACUACAAUUUCUCCGUCUGUCUGAAUUAGCUGGUCCCAGACCAGUAACAAGAAAACAGGCUACACUAUACAGUAUCAUGUAGGCUAUAUGAAGAAUACACCCCUAGAUAGUAUUUAUAGUACCAUAGUGUCUCUUACUGCUGUGAUUCCUUUCUCCUCUUAGAGAAGUGAUGAUGUAAAGAGCCAGUAUGCCGUCUGCACUAGUCUAUCCACUGUGAAACUAGGUGCUAUUAGACUUGAAGUCAUCUCAAGAUCUGGAUACAAAGUUUAUCUGGGCGUAAUAGGCCAGUCUUGACUGAUAGUCCAGCCAAGACUGUUUAAUUGUAAUGUGAUGUAAUUUCAUCCGAAUCUAUGGUACUAGGAACAAAAACAGAUCAGACCAUGAAUUUGAAAAUGCAUUUUUUUUCUUCUCAUAAACACUCAUUAAAUGGGUAUGAAAAUGCUGUCCUAAUUUGGACACCAAAUAAAUUCCAGUAUCCAUAUUAGGACCGCCUCGUCAUAUCCACACUGGAGCAGAGCAUAUUCUUCAUCAAGUAUCCUUGUUGUUUAAGUCUGGCCUCAUGUUUCUAUAAAAAAAAUCUUACUGCUUUCCAGAAAAGUGAUGGUUGUUAGGACAUGUUAUUCAAUGCCUUUGUAUUUGUUGACACAUUUCAUUUACAUGUGUCUAUGCUUGUUUUAAAUUUCACUCUGGUUGUGACUGUAAUAUCUGGCAUACUGGAGGCCAGGGUGAGAGCAACUUAAAUGGCAGGUUUUUACCUAAUUUCUGUGCCAAAAAUACCUUGUUAGCUAAUGGAGGGAUCUCAAGUGUUACUGAACCAGGGGUUGGAACCAAAACAUUUUUCCAAUCGUUUAGUUUUGAACAGAACCUCUAAUUUUUCAUUUUGUUCCACUGUUCCGACCAGCAAGAGUUUAGAACCCCCCAAAAAGUCCUGGUUUAUAUUGUUCCUUUUUUAACCUGUCAAAUCAUUUAUUUAAUUUCUUUACAUUUAGCUAAUUUAGUUGUUUACAUGCGUGAUGGACAGGCAAGUGUAGCCUAUGAUGCGACAGAAAUUUUGCAGGUGGAGAGAGCGAGCGAGGGUUGAAAUGCUGGGCAUCUUGUUAUGACAUGCAUUAUCUGAAUUAGGUCCACAGAAUUAUACCUACGGAGGAGCGGCUUCUAUGGAGGAACUUUGAAUGUCCUUCGAGCAAGCUAGCUAGCUAGUGUGUGCAGAGCCACACCAUAAUUAAAAACAUAUUUUUUUGUAGUUAAUAAAUUCGACAUAAAACAUGAUAACUAACCCUAUAGUAUCCUUAACUAGCAUUGAAAAAGUCCAUCCAUUAUUUUCUAGCUAAUUAAAAAGGUCUCCUGACUUCUGAAUCCAGCUUGUAACCUCAGUACAGUAGCCUAUGCUUUGGAGAGGAGCAGGUGUGUCACACACACACACACACACACACACACAAAGAUUUUCAGCUUGCAGGCAGUAACUGGAAUAAGUUUGAGUGAGAGCUUUGCAUAGGUGUUUUGUUGUGGGACUAAAAAAAAUGCCUGGAAUGUAAAAUAACGUUAUUAAUCAGUUCCAAAGCUUUUAAAAAUAACGGUUCUGUUCUGGAACAGUAAGGAUCACUUUCGUUCCAGGUUCCAUUUCUGUUCCUUUAAAAAUGUUGUUCCUUUGUUCCAAUCCCUGCUGACAACUCUGUUAGAAUCACACAUCAAAGGCAAGGCUCCCUUGGCCUCCCCCAACAGUGUUGGUUAGUGCUGGUCUAUAGCUGUAAAGGUUUAAAUUAAGGCUUUGAAUGGGGCCGAUGUUCCCCUCGCAGACAUUUGCGUUUAUUGAAUUUAUUCAUAAAGGCAUACUUUCUUGUGCAUGGGUUUACCAAACAGGCUUUAUUUGUUUGCUCACUUUCUUUUCUUUCCCCUCCUUCUCCUGUGAAAGUUGAUAACGCAGCAGCGCAUCCCUCUGGGCUAAAAGGACUGCACUUCUUGUCCGUUACCAAACCAGAACAAAGUUGUUAUUUGGAGCAGAUUCCACAUCUUCUCCUUUGACAUCCUCUGUGUGGACUUUGCAACCCAAUGCCAUUCAAGUAUAACCCCAUUAUCAGAUUAUGUCUUAUGUGCCAAAAGAAGGCAAGGAAUGGCAUGCCCGUUCCAGAAUUACCUUGGAAACUAUUUUGCACUUAACUGUGUAGUGGCUGGGAGUCUGCUUCUCCUACAUUCCACAAUCAGCAGGAAUAUUUGAUCAAAAACGAAGGGGAGUCCCCCUCCCGUAGUUGAAGUCCACUCUGCCUGGUCUCUUGCUGAGGGUGUAACACAAUGAAGAUAGAGAAAUUGCCGUAAAUGGAAAAGAGGGAGAUAUUUCUAGCUUUCAUUUCCCUCCUUUUGGGUGUGACCGUGCUACUUCACAGCCCCGGUGAAUCAGAUAUGUUUCCUCUAAUAGGGACAUCAGAUAGCCCCUUGUUAUAGCUGUGUGGACUCACAGGCAGAAGGUACCGUAA